UGUGCCCGUGUGUGUUAGGUUCCGUCUCCAGCCAUGCUGUGUGUGUGAGGGUGUCCCAGGGUGUCUGGGUGUGGCUAAGUGUAGUGUGUAUUACACAGUACAGACCGUUGUGUGUGACCAUUGUGUGUCAGUGUGUCUCUUCCUUACUCUGCCUCAAGACACACCCCAGCCCCUCCUUAGUCUGAGAAGGGGGGCUAGGGAGCCUCCCCUCUGCCCAGGGGCCUCCCCAGCCCCUCCCUGCCCUGCCCAGCCGUCACCACCCCCCAGAGGGCACAGACUUUACUGUGCCUCAAAGCAAGAGCCCCAGAGCAACCGAGUGGAGCAGGCCGACGACCUGCAAGCCACAGUGGCUGCCCUUUGCAUACUGCGAGGUGGGGGACCCUGGGCAGGAAACUGGCUGAGCCCCAAGACCCCGGGGGCCAUGGGUGGGGAGCUGGUGCCUGGCCUGGGGGCCCUGCGGCGGCGAAAGCGCCUGCUGGAGCAGGAGACGUGGCUGGCCGGCUGGUCACUGACGCUGGCAGGAAUUGGCAUCGGGUUGAUGGUGCUACAUGCGGAGAUGCUGUGGUUCGGGGGGUGCCCGUGGGCGCUCUAUCUGUUCCUGGUUAAAUGUUUCAUCAGCAUUUCCACCUUCCUCCUCCUUUGCCUCAUCGUGGCGUUUCACGCCAAAGAGAUCCAGCUGUUCAUGACGGACAACGGGCUCCGGGACUGGCGCGUGGCGCUGACCCGGCGGCAGGCGGCGCAGAUCUUGCUGGAGCUGGCAGUGUGCGGGGUGCACCCCGCGCCAGUGCCGAGCCCGCCGUGUGCUCAGGAUUCCCGGUCCCCGCCGAUCGUGACGCAGUCCUGGUCGGGCUUCCUGAGCCAGGGGGAGGCGCUGCUGUCGCUGGCCAUGCUGCUGCGCCUCUAUCUGGUGCCCCGCGCCGUUCUCCUGCACAGCGGCGUUCUGCUCAACGCGUCCUACCGCAGCAUCGGCGCCCUCAACCAGGUCCGCUUCCGCCAUUGGUUCGUGGCCAAGCUGUACAUGAACACGCACCCAGGCCGCCUGCUGCUCUGCCUCACACUUGGCCUCUGGCUCACCACAGCCUGGGUGCUCUCGGUGGCCGAGAGGCAGACCGUUAAUGCCACUGGACAGCUUUCAGACACACUGUGGCUGAUCCCCAUCACAUUCCUGACCAUCGGCUACGGGGAUGUGGUGCCGGGUACCAUGUGGGGCAAGAUUGUCUGCCUCUGCACUGGGAUCAUGGGGGUCUGCUGCACAGCCCUGCUGGUAGCCGUGGUGGCCCGGAAGCUGGAGUUUAAUAAGGCAGAGAAGCACGUGCACAACUUCAUGAUGGACAUCCAGUAUGCCAAAGAGAUGAAGGAGUCAGCUGCCAAAGUGCUGCAAGAGGCCUGGAUGUUCUACAAACAUACCCGUAGGAAGGACUCUAGAGCUGCCCGCAGGCACCAGCGCAAGCUGCUGGCCGCUAUCAACACGUUUCGCCAGGUGCGGCUGAAGCACCGAAAGCUCCGGGAACAAGUGAACUCCAUGGUGGACAUCUCCAAGAUGCACAUGAUCCUGUGUGACUUACAACUGGGUUUGAGCAGCUCACAACAGGCCCUGGAGAAGCGGAUUGAUGCACUGGCAGGGAAGCUGGACACCUUGACUGAGCUGCUUAGCACUACCCUGGGGCCACGGAAGCUUCCAGAACCCAGCCAGGAGGCCACGUAGCUGGAUCCAUGGAGGAAGAACCAGGCGACUUUCCCCAGGAUUGAGGUCAAGGACAUUCUCCCUGCUAUUCCUGACCCAGCCCCAUGAAUAAAGCACCUCAAGUGCAAGGACCCAAGGGGGCCCCACCUUGGGGUGGGUUGACUUGCUGAGGCUGCUGGAAGGAACACUAGCUGAAGAGGGGAGGCCGUGGCCCACCCCUGAGGCCCCAAAUAAGAAAAUGAUCACCACUACCCCACAAACCCUCAACAAAGACAUCCUCAUUGUGCUGCUAUAGACCUCCACCUUUCAGUUAGAAGUGGAGGUUCCUGGGGGAUGGGACAGCUGGGGCCCAGAGGAGGAGGGGAAUGGGAGCCCAGAGUCCCAGAUCCCGGGUGCCUCAGUUACCGCUGGACGGUAGAGCUGAAGGAACCAGGCUUGAGGCUGGGACAAGGCAGAAGGCGGCGCCCCCUGGUGGGAGAGCAAGAGAACAGCAUUUUUCCAGAGUUGCAGAGAGCAUCCUGGGGAGCAGGUGGGAGGCAGGGAGGAGAUGGAGGGGGUGGCGCCGCUCACCA